GAUAAAAAGACAGAUAGAUAGAUGGUAGAGAAAUAAAGAGUAUUAGGUGAUUAAAUGACGCGUAAAGACACUGUUAUUCAUCUAUCCAUCAAUCCAUCCACUCAUCCAUCCAUCCAUGCCUGACCCUACGCCUUUCUUUCACGAUAUCUGGAACGCCGCAUGCACGCUUAUUUCACAAUUAAAAUUAUUCUCUUUUUCGUUUUUUUACCGACCAGGACGAAGGUCAUCCCUACUGUCCAGCCUCGUGUGGGACCCGGUCAGUGGCACGAGCGUGAUACGCCCUCCUCCUGCGCCCCCAUCACCCUCACCCUCAUCGUUAUCGUCGCCGGUAUCGUCGACAUUAUUACCAUUCUCGUCGUUUCCUUCGAACCCCGAGCAAUCCGCAACACAAGGUGAGACGAAAAAGCUCAGCACUGCUGCAGAAACCAAAGAAUCUGUCACCGAAAAUUGCGGGUCGGUACAAGGAAGAUCUACUUCUUUGCCGUGUGCGCCUGCAUCGAUUCUUGUGAAUUCUGAAGGUGUGGGUAACCCACCUUUGCAAGGAGUUUCGGACGUCAUUUUGGGAAACGAAGGAGUAUUAAGCCCAUGCACCGCAAGCUUUACUGAGCCUAGCAUCACAACUUGUAUCGCUGUUACCAGUUCAACGUUUGCCAGCGCCUGCGUAAACGGUGUGUCACGAGGUAGAUCUACAACACACAUUGUGAACAGCAACUGCUCGACGCCUGCAACUCCGCACCCACAGCCAUCUCUGACGUCUAAUAGUGAAACGACCGCGAUAAACUUUUCUACCAAACCACCGUCGGGAAUUCCCACAAGUUCUGAAGAGCUCGUUUUGGGAAACUCCGAAAAUCGCCUUGGUCAAUCGGAGCUAGAGAAAGCGAAAGCAUAUUUGAACAUCCGUAGGGCCACUCUCGCGGGCACGGCUGGUAGUCUCACGGCCCAUCCUGUCUGUCUGAAGCCAGAAACAGUUUCAUUCUCUGUGGCCUUUGGGGUGUUUGCCGCCGGAGCUCCAGAGAAGCAUG